AAGUGCUAGUGGAGAAGGAAUACUAAUCAAAUGCCAUGGCCCCAGGCAGAUGAUCACGAGUGCAUAGCCGCAUAUCUAUCCUGCCAAGCUAAUUACUUCUAGCAAUUCAUUGAUUGUCAAAUACCCAAUAUAAACUCCAUCUAUCAUUUCAUACGUGCGAUCAGUGUGACCAACACCAACAAAAAUGGUUGAACUACGAAAGCGAAAGGCCCCGGCAGUAACCCCAGCACCUAUAAAGAAAAGCAAGAAAUCAGAACAACCUACGACUUCACCAAAACAGCCAACGGGUAAAGCUGAGACUGCCUCGAGCACUGUAUCUAGGACCAUUCCCAAAGUUGGCGAUGUGAUCGUUGCAGAUGGCUUUGGUGGGGAAAUCGAGACGAAUGAGGGCGCGAAGACAACACUCAAAAGCCUUGUCGAUAUGAGCAAAUCUGGUGUCGUGAUAUUUACCUACCCUCGGGCUUCGACUCCAGGCUGUACAAAGCAGGUCUGCAUGUUCCGCGAUGAUUACCAAAAUCUAGUUUCCGCGGGGCUCUCUGUCUAUGGGUUGUCGGCCGAUUCACCUAAAGCAAACACCACAUUCAAAACCAAGCAAAAACUGCCAUAUACCCUCCUCUGCGACGGUGAUUCCACACUCAUUUCAGCCCUGGGUUUCAAGAAACACCCCAAAGGGACGACAAGAGGUGUCUUUGCUGUAGGCAAAGGUGGAGAUGUUCUUCUUCUGGAGGCCGGUGGUCCAGCUGCGACGCUAGAAGCUGUGCUGCAGUUGGUACCCACGAUGUCCAAUAGCGGUUAAGCAGAUGUAGGAAAUAUGUAGGUUGAUUUGGUAUUCAAGUCCGGGCGGAUAAGCAACAUCGAAAUCUUUUUUAACUGUAUUGAGCUGCUUACGCAGCAGGAUCUCAUGCGGAUUUGGCGAGAGAAAGAAGCCUGAUGCUUUACAAUAAAGUCAAAAAAAUACCAUAUGCUUAUGUAGGCAUUUGUUGGAAUAGUAC